GCGGGGCUGUGGGCAGCGCGCGCGCCCGCCCGCCGGUCGCCCCGCGGGCUCCGCCUCGCAGCGCGGCGGAGGCUCGGCCCGGCUCGGCUCGGCUCUGCUCGGCGCGCCGCAGGGGCAAGGUGCGGCGGCGGGAGGGGGCGGCAACGGCGCAGCGGCUUUGUUGGCUCGGAGCGCAGCGGCGGGAAGAGCGGCGCCUCGUUGAGAGCCCACCAUGGUGCAGCAAGCGGAGAGUGCGGAGGCGGAGAGCAACCUGCCCCGGGAAGCAAUGGACACAGAAGAGGGAGAGUUCAUGGCUUGCAGCCCCGUCGCUUUGGACGAGAGCGAUCCGGACUGGUGUAAAACGGCGUCGGGGCACAUAAAGAGACCGAUGAACGCGUUCAUGGUAUGGUCUAAGAUCGAGAGGAGAAAAAUCAUGGAGCAGUCUCCGGACAUGCACAACGCGGAGAUCUCCAAGCGCCUGGGCAAGCGGUGGAAAAUGCUGAAGGACAGCGAGAAGAUCCCGUUCAUCCGAGAGGCGGAGAGACUGCGGCUCAAGCACAUGGCCGAUUACCCCGACUACAAAUACCGGCCCAGGAAAAAGCCCAAAAUGGACCCGUCGGCCAAGCCCAAUGCCAGCCAAAGUCCGGAGAAAAACGCACCCACCAGCAGCGGCGGCAGCAAAAGCGCCAAGAGCUCCAGCAAGAAGUGUAGCAAGCUGAAAGCCUCCUCCGCCUCCUCGCCCCCCAAGCCGGGAGCCAAAGCCGCCCACCACGGGGACUACGCGGGGGACGAGUACGUCUUCGGCACCCUCAAAGUGAGCAGCAAGACGGUCAAGUGCGUCUUCAUGGACGAGGAGGACGACGAGGAGGAGGACGAAGACGAGCUGCAGCUGCGGAUCAAGCAGGAGGCGGAGGACGAGGAGGAGGACGAGGAGCCGGGGCCGCAGCAGCUACGGCGGUACAACGUGGCCAAAGUGCCGGCGAGUCCCACCUUGAGCUCCUCGGCGGAGUCCACCGAGGGGGCUAGCCUCUACGAGGAGGUACGGGGCGGCGCCGCGGCGGCGGGCGGCGGCAGCAGACUCUACUACAGCUUCAAGAACAUCACCAAGCAGGGCCCGCCGCCGCCGCAGCAGCCGCCCGGCCUCUCCCCAGCCUCCUCCCGGUCCAUCUCCACCUCGUCGGGCGGCAGCGAGGAGGCGGACGACCUGCUCUUCGACCUCAGCCUCAAUUUCUCUCAGCACGGCCACGCCGCCGCCGAGCUGGGGGCGGGUGCCGCCGCCGGGAACCUCUCCCUCUCGCUGGUGGACAAGGACCUGGAUUCCUUCAGCGAGGGCAGCCUCGGCUCCCACUUCGAGUUCCCCGACUACUGCACCCCGGAGCUGAGCGAGAUGAUCGCGGGCGACUGGCUGGAGGCGAACUUCUCCGACCUGGUGUUCACGUACUGAGCGGCGGCGAGGAGCGGCGGAGCCGGAGCGGCGCGACGCCGGCGAUGAUGAUGAUGAUGAUGCUGAUGAUGAUGAUGAUUAAAAAAAAAAAGUCUUGUUUUCUUUAAAAAAAAAAAAAAAAAAAUCUGAAAGUUAGUUCCGAGCCCGGGAGUUGUGAUUUUGGUUUUUUUUUUUUUUUUUUUUUUUUUUUUUUGUUUUUUUUUGUUUUUUUUUUACUUUUUUUUUAAUUGCAUUUGGUGAUCACAACAACAACAGCAAAGGCAAAUGGGACUGGGGGAAAAAAUGAUACAGAAGGCGUUGUUUGAAGCUUGUCGGUCUCUGAUUGAAGUCUGGAAGAUGGUCUGCAAAGAAGUCUUGUGGCAGCACAACUGUUACUCAAGGGGGUUUGUGGAUUUUUUAUUUUUUUUUCCCGUGAGAGAUCUUAAAGAACUGUUCUAGUUUUUUUGUUUUUAUUAUUUUUCCGAAAGGGACCAUUGCAACUUUUUUUGGAGGGAGAAAACUGAUGUCUUCUAUGCAUCCGAUUCUUAACAAAGCUGCAGGGAGCUUGAAAAAAUGCAGACUGUACAAACGCUUACAAAUAACUGAACUGACUUAAGAUCAGAGUUUACUUUUCAGAUCAAAUUGUUUAUGGUUUUACAAAUGUGAUUUCUACUUGCCAACUUUUUUUUUUGUAACUUGUUCCCUUAUACCUCCUUGAUUGAAUACCAGACAGCCUAGACCUCAGUACAAAAAGGUAUUGAAACAUUUUUGAUACAUAACAGACCUCAGUCUUUUUUAAAAAUUAAUAUAUUUUCAGGCGUAUUUUUGUACAGUGAAAAGGGAACAUUCUUGCUGUGUUUUUUCAGUAAGACUUUUCAGGCACUUCUUCCCUUUUAUUUUCUUUUUUUUUUUCCUCUGUUUUUAGCAUGCAAGUUUGUUGGUACGUUACGUCCUGGUUUUAAAAGGAUUAAAAUUUUAAAAAAAUAAUCCUUGCAUCUAAAGGCCUUGUGGUUUUAAAAAGAAAGAAACAAACACUUUUUUUGUACAGCUAUAGUUCAGAUUUGUUCAAUAUUUGUAGGUAAAGAUUUAUUGAAAAUGGUGAUAUAGACCUCAGAGCUGUUAUCUUAGUUUAAAAGAUUGUAUAUGUACUGUACUAUAGUAGGACUUUAUGUAUCUCAUACGCUGUGAUAUGUGGAUGGGGCCCCAGAUGGAAGGUAUGAAACUGGAUUCUCGAUUUUACAAAAAAAAAAAAAAAAAAAAAAAAGAAAAAAGAAAAAAGGCACAUAGUUAAAAGUUUCUCAUAUUGUGCAAUAUAAUCUAAAGUACAGACCAUCUGCAUAUUUUGUAGCAAAUGAUGGCAAAAGCAGACUUGUGCACUGUCAACAUCAUAGCCUGUUUUUUUUUUUUUUUUUUUAACGCUGAAAGUCUGUAUUUUGACAAUUUUAAUAAAUCAGCUGGAACUGAUAGAAACUCGUAUCGCUAUUAGUGUCUGUAGAAGGAACGCUGGAGAUGCCGUGUUGUCACCCCUUGCCUGCGGAGGAGCGGUAGUUGUAGGCUGUUGUGUGUGACCGUAGCUAGGGGGGAAGGAGAGUAAGGACUGCUUCUUUUCUUUGCCUUUUUUUUUUUUUUUUUCCGCCUCCCGUCGCCUUUUCCCCCCCUCCCCGGUUUUGCUCCGCGGGGCCCGGUGAGUGCCAGCCUGCCGCGGCGGGGUCUCUAUUAGGCGGGGCGCGGGCUGGCUUGCUGCGGAUCGGGCCGGGUGGUGGCAGGUUGGCUCAUCCUGGGUGCUUUCGCCUCUCCCGUCUCCCCCCCAGCCCGGUGAACGAGCCCGGCUCCCCGGGGGACGCCCCGCCGGUCCCCCGCGUCCGGUUUCUGGGAAGGUGGGCGCGGCUCCCCACCUCCACCGCCCUGGUCCUCUCCCCGCUGCGGUUUUUGUACUCCCCCUUUCCCGUUUUUUGAUGAAUAGCCUGGGCGAGACCUGAGGCGGAGAUGCUCGGCGUAGUGGGGCUGCAUCUCCUCCGCCCCCCGCCAGAGCUCGGUCCGGCGGGGCGGCCCCGGCCCCGUUCCGGUGAGCUGCCCGGGGGACAGGGGCAGGAGGGGGUAUGAGCUUCUGCUGUAGGUGAGCAGACUUUUUCAGUGUGCUUUUUUUUUUUUAAAUUUUUUUUUUUUUUUUAACCUUAGGAGCCAUCAGAUUUCAGUUGUGCACUCUGAAGUAAGUGCUGAUGGCAACGAACAGACUCACAAGGUGGGAGUUUGUUUCUCAAGAAGUUUACUUUUUAUCUGAUAGGCAUUGGUAAAUUAUUGUUUGGGGUUGGUUUUUUUUUUUGUCUCCACUAAUUAAUGAUCCAGCUGUUUACAGGGACAAUUCACUGUGCUGGUAUUUUGGUGGCAACCACUGCUACAGGCUUUCAGACUUGCUGAAAUGAAAAUCCUGCAUACACAUUUGUAAGGCAUAAUAAAACAUAACAUUAAAACCUGCAUGCAUGUUAUGUUUAAUCAAAGACAACUCUUAGGCAUUUAAGUGGUGAGAUAUCUUACUUUAGGUUAGUUAAACUGGUAGUAAAAUGAUUAAUAUAAUCUGAUCUCUUUCUAAUAAUAAUAAUAAAACACUCAUGAUUCUAAAUAAAAGUUGUUUGGCCUAAAUCUUUGCUAUCAGAAAAGAGAUAUAGCAUAUCUGGGAACUCAAAUUUAUGUCUUGCAUUGUGAUAAUUCUUUAUGAGAAACUGUGUUUUAAAACAAACUUAAUUACAAUAUACAAGAUAUCCUUGGCAAUGGAUAGUCCUCAAUAAAACAGAGUUUCUUGAAUUUUCAGUUUUUGGUCUCAAAUGAUUAGUGUGUUCUCCAUGUAAUAACUUAGAAAUCAGAUUGAAAACAAAUGACAUUUAUCUCUUCUAAGGCAAAGGAGUGAAAGAAAAUAGAUACACUGAAGUGCUCUAGCCUAGCCAUUCACUAUCCUGCUAUCGAAAAUCUGGUUUUGGGCUAGGGUGAUGGAGUAAGUUGAUCAGGUUCUAAGUCUUAAAACUGAGCCAAAAUUCUCUUAGUAAUUCUUGAAGCUAUCAUGAGAGUAGAGGGACUUGUUCUUCCAGUCCCUUUCUUCUGAUAUGCAUCCUUGUUUAUUAAAGUGAUAAUAGGCAGUGUCAUUAAACAUUUGUGCUUUACAGAUGUUCAAUGAGUUAUGAGCAAUUAUGGUCAAAUAUAGGCUGUGUUUAGUUUGCAUUAUAAUAAGGUCUGUGUCUCAGCCUACAAAAGUUUUGACUCGCGUAUGCUUUUGGAAGCUGUUUUUAAAAUUACCAUUUAAAAUAUUAGUCAAGGAUACAUGAUGUAAAGGAUCCAAGUAUAGAACAGUCAGGCAAAUUUUAAAAGAGCAACAGGUCUACUUUAGUCAAUUAAUAGCCACUCAGAAGUAUCUUUUCUUUCUUCUAGAUGGGAAUUAUACAAUAUUGUAUCAGAGGAAUUAUUCUGAGUGAAGGUAUAUGAUGCAGGGAAACAAUUUUUUGUCCAGACAGUUGAGUUUCUUUUAUUUCAGAGUUUAUUGUUGCAUAUUGCUCAAGGGAAAAUUAGAUAGUGUUCUGUUUAAGCCACUGCAUUGUUAGGGCUGAAGUUCGAUGCUGUUGAAUGCCUAAGCUCCUGCUGAUCUCAGCAAGAGUAAAAACCCAAUCUUCUUGUCAUGAAAAAUAGCAUCUGCUAAGCUACUCUUUUUUUUUCUUUUUUCUCUUUUGUCGUAUCUGAUAAUAUUCAUACCUUCUGUUUCUCUUUUGUUUUCCAGUGUUCAUAGGAAUCCUUGUUGACAUGCUAGAGCAGUCCUGUUGCAGGCUUAGUAUCUCCUGUGGCCUUUUAUUCCACAUUCUUUGCAUUUGUCUCUGUACAAUACUACUCUAAGUGUAAUAGGAUUCAGUGGUGGAAGGGAGAAAAAUGAGCUUUUUUAAUGUGGAAAGACAAUUUACUUGCUAACACUGAGGAUGUCAACUCAAUGUAAGACCUAACCAAACAUUCUGAUUCUCUUUUAAUUUUGAAGUGAACAUUUGUAAACUUACCAUUUUUCCCCUUUUGUUGUUUUUAUUAUGUUUUUCCUAUCCUCCUUUUAAAAGAACCACAACUAAGAAAUAUUUUCUUCCUUAAAGUGCAGUCUUUUUCAAAUGUGGUAGAAAGACUCAUUCCAAGCAUCCUUUGAGCGCUACAUGCUCUUUAGGCAUUCGCUGUCAUUCAGAUGAAACUUCUUUGAGUCUAUUGAAUGUGAUUUGCAUCUGUGCAGUCUGAUCCUUCACUCAUGCCUGUCUGAGGAAAGUGCAACUCUAUUGUUACACCGAGGUAAAACUAGUGUGGGGUCAAAGUCAGGGCCAUAGAAUUUUUAGGUGUUUAAUACUCAAUACAGCUUACGAAGUUCCUUUUUACAUCUUCACAAUUGUUGCCUAGUAAGGCCUUAAACCUGCACUGGUUAAAAACAAAAAAAAAUUCUCAUUGAGCUUAAUGGGAGUUUUUGCCGCAAGGGCUGCUGGCAGGAUAGGUGUCUUAGUUCCUCCUAACCUUCAUUUGUAAGCGUGGCCAGGAAAAAAAACAAACAACAAAAACUUAACACAAUGAGUUGCCUUACAUUUCCCCUACUAUACAGUUGUAUUCCUUUGGUUUAUUUCCUUUCCCCUCACCCACAUCGAAGGCUGUGAUUGUUUUUGUUUUUAUUAAUUUUUUUGCACACUACCUAUACCAAUUAACUGCCUAAUUAGUUUUAUCUUCUUUACAUGGAUGCAGUGAAUUUGUAAGAGAAUUUCACAAGCAAGUAGUUUUUUAGUGAGUUUAAAGUAAAUAGAGUUUUAAAGACCUAUUUUUAUAUUCAAUAUAAAGCACAAAUGUGCAGAAAGUGUAGAAUGACUUACCAAAAGGGAAACAAAAGUUCGUAAUAUUUCAUGUAUAAAAGUAAUACCUUCUUUGGGUUUGAGAUUCUCUUAGAAAACCCAAUACUUAUGCCAGUGCAAAGAUAGGAUUAUUUUAAAAACUCUUAGAAAAUUGUGAUUGACAGCAAUUUCAAAGGAAUGACUUCUGUAGAUACAAGGAAACCCCUAAAGCAAUAUGGAUAAUAAGGGGUGAAUGGUUUUCAAUGAUGAACAACAACCUGGAAGUGUGAGAAUGGAGGUUUCAAUCCUUAUUAAUUAAUCAAAUUUCUUCUUUUGUGGUUAGUUACAUCUGGAUUUUCCGUGAAGUGCAAUCUUGCAGGGUGAAAAAGUGCAAGGGCACCAAACUUCUAAGAUUUGCAAAUACUCAGAAGCAGGUUCGGUUUGGAAUUAUCUGUUAUUAAUUAGGGAUUUAGAUUUUGGUAAUUCCCACUUCCAAGAAAAUCAAGACACCAAUUUACCUCUUGAAGAAAUUUGAUCAAAUAAUAGUGAUUAAUCCAGGAACUCCCAUUGUCACAAUUUGUUUUUGUUUCCAUCGUCCUGCUUAUCUCCAAAACCAACUUGCCUCAACUCCUGGUGAAACCAGGGAGAAGAGUUAUAUGCCAUUGUUAGUUCAUUUACAAUUUGUAUCUGGUUUUGCUCUUGUACAUAUGUUGGCGUUUUGGAGUCUUUACAUAAAUGCUGUGAUACUUUUUUUCCUCUUUUCUUUAAUUUUUUUGGUGGGCUGUUUUAAAAUGGAGGCCUGUUUUCCAGUGUGGGACUUUCGAUGGUUACAACAUUUCAAUGAUGUUGCAUGAUGGCCACAGGUGGGGGAAAUUGAAUGUUUUAGAGCAGUUUUUCAAGCAUGACACUUUUAAAAUAUGUAAUUUCAAAGACUUUUCAAGGCCACAUGAAAUUAGUUUUCAUAGCCACUCCAGGUCUUGGGGGGAAAAGCUGAAAAGUACUUUUGUUUAGAAGUCUGAGUGAUGGUGGGGGGGAAACCUUUUCUUGAGGUUUUUGCAUGCCAGUGCACGGCCUAUUGCUGUGAGAGAAGGAAGAUGGUAAGGCUGCUUGAGGCAAUGCACUGGAGGACAAAGUGUUUUCUAGCACUAGAAAAAGAAAAUGCAUGGCAAAGUUUCGUCUUCUAGUAGACUAUAUAGCAUGCAGAGUUUAGUAUGUGUCAAAACAGUGUAUGACAUUGCUGUAUCAAAGUUGUAAAAUUAAGCAUUAUUUAUUGAAAACUAUGUAUUUUUUUUGUAAAAACCUGAUCACCUAGAGGAUUAAUAUCAGUGACUUGUGCUAGUGCUACAAACUUAACCAGCUUCUUUACUACAGUACUUGAUAUGCAGUGUUAAUGCUCAGGGUUGAAACCAGUCCACUCCAAUGUCUUUUUCUGCAAGAGUUUUUAAAUAAAGGAACAACAUAAUGCAAUUGUUCAAAAGACUCUAAUAAAAUUGUGUGAUCAAUCUUC